GUUUGCAACCUUUACAAAUCCCCGCCUUGCAUCUCCCAGCCUUGUCAUCUACCCCCAUCGAAAAUCCACACACAUACAGCAGGAUUUACAGGAUCCGCGCUUCGGUCAUUGCUACGCAAUCAUCCGUAACUCGAACGGUUGUGCCGAGUGAAUCCUGGACAUUUGAAAUUCCGAACCAGGACAUUUCCCCAGGCAUUUCGUCAUCAGACUCGACCGCCUUGUCCGACGCCAGAAGUCUUCUAGACUGCGCCCCCUUAGUCCACCCCACCAUGACCGACUCGAACAAUAUUUCCGUUCUUUUUGUUUGCCUCGGAAAUAUCUGUCGAUCGACCAUGGCAGAAGGCGUGUUUCGAUCGCUAGCCAAAUCCAAUCCACGCAUCGGCGAGGUAGAUUCAGCCGGAACGGGCGCUUAUCACACCCUCGAUCCUCCCGAUUAUCGAACGAUGGCCACUCUGAGGAAACAUUCUAUAACAGACUACGACCAUGGUGCCCGCCAGGUCAGAGGGGAGGACUUUCACAAUUUUGACUAUAUCUUCGCCAUGGAUCAUUACAAUCUGCGCGAUCUUCAGAGAUUACAGAACAAGGUAAACAACAAAGGUCCCAAGAGCAAGGCAAACCUCAUGCUAUUUGGUGAGUUUGGAGGCAAGAAGCAGGCUGAGGAAGUUGGGGACCCGUACUACGGUGCCGAUAACGGAUUCGAGGUCGUCUUUGAGCAGGUCUCGAGGUUUUCCCGGAAUUUCUUAGAUGAGGUGGUGAACAAGAAGCAGUGAAUUGCUUGAGAAGAACCACACUAUUGGCAAAGCCCGGCGCAUGGGGGGGUAUAGACUUUGGAAUUCCAGGAUACCUGCUAGAUAGAUUGCAGUGCUUGAGUGGUGAACGAUUACAUGGCACGGUGAAGGGCAGAACGCAUAGAAACCGACUUGACACCCGAGGGGCCCCCCUGGGAGGCGGUUGGAGUAUAAUUUAGGACGAUAGCAUAGGUACCUAGAUAUAUACUUUUAGGUGGUGUUAGGGAGUUUACUUGGCUGCCUGGAUGCCCAAGGCGCCCCACCGUC